AUGUGUCUUUUCGUUCAAAUUUCUCGAUUGCAUCAUCAAUGUAAUCAGCAUAAUGACGGCAGAAUACGGGAUGCGGCAUAUUUAAACGCUUCCCUACAUGAAAUUCCUGGAUUCGUAUGUCAGACUACUUGUAUUAAUAUGGACAAUCGUCCACAUCGUUAUGAUAUUGGGCAAAAGCUGUUGUGUUUCGAACCUGACAGUUCUAAGGCUAAGCUAAUUUAUUUUGCGAAGGUAUUAAAACAUGUUUCUCGAAAAGAUACAGAAAUUCCCCAUUACGGUGUUCAUUUUCACGGUUGGAAGUGUAAGUGGGAUCGUGAAGUUUCAGAAGAUUUGCUUCUUGAAAACAAUGAAUUCAAUCGAAUAUUAAAAAGAAAAAUUGAUGAAGUUGCCCAAAAUGUACAUGGAAGACAUCAGCGUAAACAACGCAUCGAUAUGAUUCUGGAGGGUGCAGCUUUAAGUGGUGAUGAUAUUGAUUGGGAAACAGUUCCUGGCAUUUGGAAAGGAUCCAAAUCAAACAAAUCUUAUCAUCGUUCUAUCUCAAGUGAUAGCAAUAGAGGGAAACCAUUGAUCAGUUCAACAUCCUUUGGUGAUAAUAUUCCAUUUUUAGAUCCAGUCCUUGCUUCCAUUCUGGAUCAAGAGGAAAUAACACAAUUACAGUUUGAACAGCUUCAGAUACACAAACCUUAUAUGGUUCCUUUAGAUCUCCCCAAAAACCUUAGAGAUAUAUUGAAAUGUCAUACCGAUGCUAGUGAUGUGGGAAUAGAUGUGCCCAAGGUAUUUCAGUAUUGGUGUUCAGUUCUUCAAGUGCUCCAAAAGUAUGUUGAUGGAUUCCCAUACAGUGAAUUGAAUAUCAGUGCUGAGCUUGGGUGUAGUAGUUCCUCAAGUGGAAUUAUUUCAGAUCGCGUUUCACGUAUCAUGAAUCCUUUAUUCUCACUAACUGAUCGAAACCGGUUAAUUUGUGCAGAGGUUUGUUCUAGCCUACGCAUAUUGUUUGAUUUUACUGUAAAUAGCUAUCUACUACUUCCUAAUGAAAAAUUAUAUUUUACAAACGAUUUCAAUGGUCACUUGUUUGAAGAUGGUCAAGCAUUCAGUGUGAAUUAUCAUCAUGGACCAAAUGAUAUUCAUUCUGUUUAUCGAUUCUCUUCACCUCGAUAUGAAUUGCUUCCAAAUUCAGAAGUUAUAAAAAACCCACGAUUACCGUGUUUAAAUUAUCCUCCUUACUACCUUUUAAGACUAAUCACUAUCCUUCCAACAUUACUGGAUGGUAUGCAAUUAACAGCUUGUCGACGUGCUAUAAUUCAUCGACAUCUGUACAUGUUUAUUCAUUAUCUUGAUCGAACUUCGAAAUUUUGGUUUAGUAAAAGCUGGUCACAUGAAAAGGAUAUGCGUUCAGUGUCAAAUAAGUUGGAACAAUCCUCGGUUAAUACUACAAUAUCUGAAUCUUCCAGCGAUACAGAACCGUUAACAAAUAUUACUAGUUAUAAAUCACUACGGCCUACAACACGAAAUACUUCUAAAAAUCAUUUAACUAUGAGAUCUGAAUCAUCAGAAUUAUCUCGUUUGAUAACAAAACCACUCUAUUCAUCAAAUGAAUCACCUACAGUAACAUCAAAUUCUCAACCAAUAAUAAGUGUUAAUCUAAAAGACAUAAACAAGGAUUCUAACACAAAUGUAUCAUUGACAAGUUCUAUCACAACAACACCUUCAACUGUCAUAAUAUCAAUAUCUCCAACAACAGUGACAGGAACAAAAUUCAAACAUAACUCUGUUGAUUAUCCAUCAACAGAUGUAACAUUUCAAUCACAAGUUAAACAUGCUACUCGAUCUGCUCCAUUAUUAAGUGAAAAAUUGAAAACUAAUUAUCAUACCACAACAACAUUAAAUGCAACAACUACUAAUACUGUUAGCACUACACAAGGUAGUCUUGAUCAAAAUAUUCGUAUGACACGUUCAAUUGCUAUGCGCCUAAAGAGAAUAAAUUCUGGUCCUAAUUUACGUUCUCAUUCAUUAAGAGGAAAAUGA